CGUGGCCGCUGGCGUCACUUCCUGGAGAGGGACAGCUGAGCCUGAGCCAUUCUCUUUAGUGUUUGCCUUGUCUGCCUUUUCCCCCCUCCUCUCACCACCACUUCUCAAACACUUUAUGUCAAAUAACAAGGGGAGUGCUGUGUAACUGCGGUGAAACCAAACACUAAUACCUCAAAGCACUGUAGCCCAUGGAGUAAUUAAAGCCUGGACGGAAAGAAUAAAAGGAAACGCUUUGCAGCCUCUCUUCAUACCUGUCUUACACUGACGCCCUCUACUUCUGCUCCUCGAAGCUAUCCCACCCAAGGAUCAAGAUCGGCAGCUGCCAGGCACUCGACAUGUCGCAGGUCCAGUUCCAGCCAGCUCUCAGUGGUCCCCUUCCCAGCACUGUGCCCAUGUCGCUUCCCCAGCCCCAGCCUGGCUUCAGUAUUCCCUGUGCGUCUGGGACCCUGCCCUCUGAGAGUGCUAGCCAUCCCCUGCGGAGUUCUGCCCUGCCGUCUGCCUCAGUCACUCCUUUCAAUGCACCUGCAGUUUCAGCACCCAACAUGGCAAACCCUAAAGAGAAGACCCCCAUGUGUCUGGUGAAUGAGUUAGCCCGUUUCAACAAGAUCCAGCCAGAAUACAAACUCCUUAGUGAACAGGGACCAGCGCAUGCCAAGAUUUUUUCAGUGAGGUUAACGUUGGGGGAGCAGCACUGGGAAGCUGAGGGAACAAGUAUCAAGAAGGCACAGCACUCUGCAGCUGCCACCGCUCUGUCCCAGACCACACUUCCCAAGCCCACCAUGCGCAGCCCCCGCAACACAGGCAAGAAUCCAGACAGCAUAACACACACUGUGGAGCUUAAUGCACUUUGUAUGAAACUGGGAAAGAAACCCAUCUAUAAGCCCAUUGACCCAUACCCUGGAAUGAGACCCAGUUUCAAUUAUACCAUCAGGGCACCAACUCCUUAUCCACGGUACUACUACCCCUUCCCACCAGUAGGGCCAGCCCUGUACCACAUGGAGCUGUCAAUUGGAGGCCAGCAGUUCCAUGGGAAAGGCCGCACGCGGCAGGCGGCCAAACACGACGCGGCCUCUAAGGCCCUGAGGACGCUGCAGAAGGACACCCUGCUAGAGCAGCUACCAGAAGUGAAUGGUGAAACGUUGGAAGAGAACCUCAACAAAUCGGAAAUCAGCCAGGUGUUUGAGAUUGCACUGAAGAGAAACAUGCCAGUGAACUUCGAGGUGCUAAAGGAGGCAGGCCCCCCACAUAUGAAGAGCUUUGUGGUACGGGUAACUGUAGGUGAAUUUUCCGCUGAAGGUGAUGGCAAGAGUAAGAAGUUGGCUAAGAAAUGUGCAGCAACAGCAGUGCUGGAGGAGCUGCGCCGACUCCCCCAGCUGCCCGUCAUGGAGAAGCUACAGCCACGCAUUAAGAAGAAAACCAAGUCUAUCAUUAAGCUGCAGACCAGCCCAGAGUACGGGCAGGGCAUGAACCCCAUAAGCCGCUUGGCACAGAUUCAGCAGGCCAAGAAGGAAAAGGAGCCCGAGUACAGCCUGGUUACAGAGAGAGGGCUGCCACGACGCAGGGAGUUUGUCAUGCAGGUGAGAGUCUGCAUCCAGAGUGCAGAGGGCAUGGGUCCCAGUAAGAAAAUCGCCAAACGCAACGCGGCUGAGAAGAUGCUGGAGCUGAUGGGAUUCAGGGUGCCUCAGCCUCAGCCCCCGAAACCAGCCCUCAAAACAGACGAAAAGCCACCAAUCAAAAAACCAGGAGAUGGGCGAAAAGUGACCUUUUUUGAGCCCAACACAGUGGAUGAUAACAGCAUGGGAACCAAGGAAGACGAGUUCCGUCUGCCCUACAUGAGUCACCAGCAGCUGCCUGCAGGCAUUCUGCCCAUGGUGCCUGAGGUGGCGCAGGCAGUUGGUGCCAACCAGGGCCACCACAACAAGGAGUACAGCCGUGUGCCGCCUAACCCUGCCAAGGCCACCCUCACUGCCAUGAUCGCCAAUGAGCUGCUGUAUGCCGGCACCUCUCUAACUGCAGAGACCAUUCUCAAGAGCAACAACAGCCUGUCGCACCCGCCCCCUGGGCCCCUCACACGCCCAUCAGAGCAGCUAGGCUACCUGGCCACUGUACAGGGCCUGCAGGUAGAAUAUAAGGAUUUUCCCAAGAAUAACAAGAACGAGUUUGUGUCGCUGAUCAACUGCUCCUCCCAGCCUCCCCUCAUCAGCCAUGGGAUUGGGAAAGAUGUGGAAUCUUGCCAUGACAUGGCUGCACUGAAUAUACUGAAGCUAUUGUCCGAGCUGGACCAGCAGUCCAGUGACAGGACAGGAAAUGGACCAAUCAGUGGGCCAGUUCCCAGAUGUGGUAAACAAGAAAUGGAGGGUGACUCUCUCCUCAAACAGACUAACUCAAGCACCCUAGGACACACUCUGGAUAACUCCAUAUAGACACUGGCUGAAGAAUAAAGCACUAGAGAAAAAUCACAAACCCAUCGUUUUAGAGGCUACAGUGCAAGUUACUGUAGUAUCCAAAUCGCAACAGUUGCUAAAUAUAUUCUAUCAUUUUCAUGGAAGAGAACCUUAAUGUCAUUUAAUUGCAUUCAUAAUUUCUUUUCCUAGGAAAUAGCUGUAGCUGCUACAAGCUGGUUAAUAUUCUCCAGGGUAUUUUGGAGAAAACAAUAAAAAAUGUGAUUGAU